AUGAAAUCCCAGGAUGAAGUAAUGACUUCAACUCCAUUAAAUGCAUGUCACAUGGACUGGCUCUCUACUUGGUUAUCUCCUCAAGAGCAGAAGCAGCAGCAGCAAGAAACCUAUCGCCAUGGCCUUGAUCAAUAUGAAGAAGACGGUGACUGGAUUCAAGUAUCCCCAGUGCCCAAAGAACCACAGCAAUUACAGCCUGUCCCGAAAGAGGCCAUCCUAGAUGACAUUCCAAAGGACCCAAUUUCAAUUAAAAGCCCAGGUCCUGAACCCUCAAAUAAAAAAGAAACCUCGUCAGAGAACAAUGAUUCAUCUUCUUCGGCCAAGCAUCUCUCAAGACAAGAACGGCGCUAUCAAGCCCGCAUGGCACUCAAGGAAAAGAAACUUCAAACCCGGCCCACACCCUGCCGACCCAAUGCCACAGUCAAUCACUGUCUAUCCUCCACCAGGACUAUGUCCAUCGAGUGUUAAAUAAUCUACUUCUUACACAAAAACAAACAAACAUAUAUACACUCAUAAAGGAUGAAUAAAUAUAGUUUCUUCCCUUUUUUCUUU